GAGCAGCACAGGACCACACACAGUCUCACUGAGUCUGUAGACAUGGAGGAUGGGAAGCCUGAUCUGCUGCUAGUCAAAGUGGAGACAAUAGAAGACGGACCAGAGAGCAUUGACCUUCUGAGUGGACUAAAGAUGGGGGAGCAAGAUGGUUGGCUGGAGGCUAACAAGGGAGACUGGGUGGCCAUCUUGGAUUCCCAGACAGGCGCAGCCAAGGGCCCGGGGGACCACAUCACUGAGCAGGGCGAGAUAGUGGAGUCUGCAGUUCAUGAGGACCUGCUGAUGUCCAGUGUUGCUGAUGGGAGAGACUGGACCUCUGCAGCGGCUGGUCACAAACCCUGGCCCCGGAUAAGAACCCUGGAUCAGGAGCCGUUUCUCUUCCUUCCCGAGUCGGAAACAGGACCGAACCAAGAGGGACAGAGACUCAACCACCACCACCACACAGAACACAACCAGUGGACAGGGGGACUGAACAACCUCAGUCCUGGUAGUCAUCAGAGAGAUAGAGGCUCCAGUCAGGGAUCCAGUCUGCAGCCCAGACCCUUCUCUUCACAGUCUCAGUGCAGGGAUGAAGCAGGGCCUGGGGCUGAUAGAGAUAGACCCUCCUGUUCCUAUGAUACAAACACCACAGUAUCCAUGAUGAACAGAGCAGGUCACACUGGGCUUCAGCCUUCACAGAGAGUGGUGGGAGAGCCCCCUGGUGGUAGUCUAACAGGAAGUCUGUCUUCUUCAGGGUCUCGUCUAAUGCCUGGUGACUGGGUUCAUAGAAGGCCUGGGCCUGGACCUGGGUCUAGCCUUCCUCAGUUACCUCAUGGUUACCCCACAAAUACAGACAGGGUCAGGAUGGAUGUUCAACACGAGAAGUAUCUAGCCUAUAACACAGCACACAAUCCUAACACCCAAACAAUGGCUAGAGGUCAAGGAGGGAGCUCAAAGACUAACCACCUGAGGGUGGUGGCUCCUGCUUCUACCUCCUCUGGUGUCAUUGGAUCACAAUGUGGGAGGCCAAGCAUUAAGACGGACGCAGACAAGCCAUACGCCUGCCUCACGUGUGGGAAGCGCUUUGCUGAGGCGAACUAUGUGAAGAAGCACCAGACUGUUCACACCAAAGAGAGACCCUUCAAGUGUAAACUGUGUUACAAGAGCUUCUCCUUCCAGAAUAACCUUAUCAGACACAGGAGUGUCCACAAUGGGAAGAAAUCAUAAAAGUGUGUGAGAUGUAUGCAGGAGAUAGCUGGGAACCAUUCUUUAGCUGACAUACCCUACAUGACCAAAAGUAUGUGGACAUCCCUUCAAAUUAGUCGAUUGGCCCGUACUGAAGAGCUCAGUGACUUUAACAUGGCAACAUCAUAGGAUGCCACCUUCCCAACAAGUCAGUUCAUCAAAUUUCUUCCUUGCUAAAGCUGCCUCGGUAAACUGUAAGUGCUGUUAUUGUGAAGUGGAAACGCCUAGGAGCAACAACGGCUCAGCCACGAAGUGG